AAGAAAAAGAGAAAGAGAGAGAGAGAGAGAGAGAGAGAGAGAGAGAGAAGAGAGGAACAAAAACACAGGGGAAAAGAAGAAAAGGAGCUAGCUUGGUGUGGUCUCUUUUGUCUAUGAUUAUUGCUUCGCACUUCCUCUGCUUGGGCUUCGUUCUUCUGUGAGGUGAAACAGGAGGAACAAAAUUUAAAAAAAUGGAGCGUUACGAGGUGAUCAGAGAUAUCGGGUCGGGUAAUUUUGGGGUGGCGAAGUUGGUUAGAGAUGUGGCCACAAGAGAGCUCUAUGCCGUGAAGUUCAUAGAGAGGGGGCAAAAGAUCGAUGAGAAUGUUCAGAGGGAGAUCAUGAACCAUAGAUCUUUGAACCAUCCAAAUAUAGUUAGAUUCAAGGAGGUCUUGUUAACUCCUACACAUCUAGCAAUAGUAAUGGAGUAUGCUGCUGGCGGAGAGCUGUUUGAAAGAAUAUGCACCGCAGGGAGGUUUAGCGAGGAUGAGGCAAGGUUCUUCUUCCAACAAUUGAUCUCUGGCGUCAGCUACUGCCAUUCGAUGCAAAUUUGUCAUCGAGAUCUUAAGUUAGAAAACACUCUCUUGGACGGUAGCACUGCACCGCGCCUUAAGAUAUGCGAUUUUGGUUAUUCCAAGUCGUCAGUGUUGCAUUCUCAGCCUAAAUCCACUGUGGGCACGCCAGCUUACAUAGCCCCGGAGGUGCUCUCUAGAAAGGAAUAUGAUGGAAAGAUUGCAGAUGUGUGGUCUUGUGGAGUGACAUUAUAUGUAAUGCUUGUCGGGGCUUAUCCUUUCGAGGACCCUGAUGAUCCAAGGAACUUUCGCAAGACGAUCACACGGAUACUUAGCGUCCAAUACUCUAUUCCUGACUAUGUUCGUGUGUCGAUGGAAUGUAGACAUCUCCUAUCCCGGAUUUUCGUAGCCAAUCCUGAACAGAGAAUAACUAUUCCGGAGAUUAAAAACCACCCCUGGUUUCUAAGGAACCUGCCAAUUGAGCUAACUGAUGAGUACCAGCAACUAUUACAAAUGAAUGAGACCAAUACUCCAUCGCAACGCGUCGAAGAAAUAACUGCCAUACUACAAGAGGCGAGAAAACCUGCUGAGGGUCUGAAACCUGGUGCCGGGCUUUUUGUUGGCGGAGGAAGUGUGGAUUUAGACGACAUGGAUGCGGAUGUCGACCUCGAUGAUAUUGAGACUAGCGGGGAUUAUGUGUGCCCUUUAGAUGUUUGAACACUUAAUCCUCGCCUUUGUCCCGUGCUUGUAAUAUAAAUCCCUUUUUUAUCUUCUCAGAACAGCAUAUGAAGAACAGUUAUAUUUUGUGGGUGAUCGGGAUCUGUUAUGUAGCUGGAUUAAAUGUUGUUUUGGUAUUAAUAAAUAGGAUUUUUUUUUUUUUGGGCUUUUCAGUAGAAAACAGGAACUCUUGAUUGUGUGACGAUUCAAGAAUGUUUAAUAUUUGUUUGGUUA